AACCAUUACUUCAAAGGCUCUUCUCUUUACUUUUUCUUUGCUUUCUUUCUCUAUUUUUCCUUUCCCGGACCAAAACCAACUCUAAAAUUUUCCCAAGAAUAUUCUUUAUUUUCUCGGGAAAAACAUUCGAACGCAAACAAAAAUACGAUUUGAAGCUCGAAUUCAAGCUUCCCUACCCCCAAGCCAACCUCCGAUCUCAUCGCUUCUCCCUCUCUCCGCGAAGCCAACAUGACUUCAUUCAAAUCCUAGGGUUUACCUUCGGAUUUUUCUCUUUUUUGGUUUUUCGAUUUGGCGAUUUUUAAUAAUUCUUCUUUUUUCCUGGGUCCCCGAACAUGUAUAGCAAUUUCAAGGAGCAAGCUAUAGAGUACGUGAAGCAAGCCGUACAGGAAGACAAUGCUGGGAAUUACGCAAAGGCUUUUCCUUUGUAUAUGAAUGCGUUGGAGUACUUCAGGACGCAUUUGAAGUACGAGAAGAACCCUAAGAUUAAGGAAGCGAUUACGCAGAAAUUCACUGAGUAUUUGCGCCGUGCCGAGGAGAUCCGGGCGGUUUUGGAUGAUGGCGGCCCCGGUCCGGCUUCGAACGGUGAUGCUGCUGUGGCGACCAGGCCGAAGACUAAGCCCAAGGAUGGGGAAGGUGGAGAUGGGGAGGAUCCCGAGCAGGCAAAGCUCCGCGCGGGGCUUAAUUCGGCGAUCAUAAGGGAGAAGCCCAAUGUGAAGUGGAACGAUGUGGCGGGUUUGGAGAGUGCUAAGCAGGCAUUGCAGGAGGCUGUUAUAUUGCCUGUGAAGUUUCCUCAGUUCUUUACUGGGAAGAGACGUCCAUGGAGGGCUUUUCUAUUGUAUGGACCACCUGGAACUGGUAAGUCGUACUUGGCCAAGGCUGUUGCAACUGAAGCAGAUUCUACAUUUUACAGUGUUUCAUCAUCAGACCUUGUUUCAAAGUGGAUGGGUGAAAGUGAAAAAUUAGUCUCUAAUCUCUUUCAAAUGGCACGUGACAGUGCUCCAUCUAUCAUCUUCGUUGAUGAGAUAGAUUCCUUGUGUGGCACGCGUGGAGAAGGCAAUGAGAGUGAAGCUUCUAGACGUAUUAAGACAGAGCUUCUAGUGCAGAUGCAGGGUGUAGGAAAUAAUGAUCAGAAAGUACUUGUACUUGCGGCAACAAAUACACCUUAUGCUUUAGACCAGGCUAUUCGGCGACGUUUUGACAAGAGAAUUUAUAUUCCUCUACCUGAUGCAAAGGCUCGACAGCAUAUGUUCAAGGUGCAUCUGGGAGAUACUCCUCACAACUUGACAGAAAGUGAUUUCGAAACUUUAGGUCGUAAAACAGAAGGUUUUUCAGGAUCAGAUGUUGCUGUUUGUGUUAAGGAUGUUCUUUUUGAACCUGUUCGUAAAACCCAAGAUGCAAUGUUCUUUGUUAAGAAUUCUGAUGGCAUGUGGGUGCCAUGCGGACCAAAGCAACCGGGUGCUGUCCAAGUAUCUAUGCAAGAUCUGGCUGCACGAGGCGAAGCCUCAAAGAUCCUUCCACCUCCCAUUUCAAGAACAGAUUUUGAUAAGGUGCUUGCUAGACAGCGACCAACCGUGAGCAAAUCUGACCUCGAGGUCCAUGAGAGAUUCACAAAGGAGUUCGGGGAGGAAGGGGCUGUUGGUCACACUAAAUUGGGCUCAAAGGCUUGGAAUUUAGCUGGAUGUUAUAUUUUCUGACUCCCUUUCUCUUGUCUUGGCUUUAAAUAAUAACAUAACUUAUUGUUGACGCCGCUUUUCGUCAACAGUGAAAUAAGAGCACGAAAACAAUAAAUAAUUAUGGCCAGAAAAAUACAAUAAAACAAAUGGGAUUUUUUA